ACACAACCUGAAAAUGUAUGUUCUACUUGAUGUUUUAAAAAUUCAGUAUCAAUUAAUGCUUUGUUUAUAUCUGUAACAUAAUGUAAAAGAAAAACCAAAUUUCUAUAUCAUCCAGUAAUUCUUGUGUUUAGAGGUAGACUAUAGAAUUUAUUAAUACUGUAGUCGCAUCUGUAACCUUAGUGACACUUGACUGUCUCAAUUUUUAGUCUCACUACCAGGAACCUUCACUGUACAUGUACCUGGAUAUUUUAAUGCGAGUCUGAAUCACGCUACUGACUCUAAAACAUUACUUUUUGCAAAAUAAAAUUUAGUUCAAUAUUACAAACUUAUACCCUCUUUUCCAUUAUUUUUGUGCCUUGUUUGUUUAAAAAAAUAAAAAUAAAAAGUCUACCUCUUUAUACAUAACUUAUAACGAACAUAGUAGUGGUAUUUAAUUAUGAUCAAUACUUAUUAAAGUAAAUUCACAAAUCAUUGAGGAGUUAAAGAACAAUGACAGAGUGAAAGUUGUCUUGGCCACCAUUGCGCUUGGAAUGGGAGCUGACCUGCAAAAUGUGAAACGCAUUAUUCAUGCUGGACCGCCAACCAGUCCAGAAGUGUAUGUACAAGAGGUUGGACGUGCUGGAAGAGAUGGCCAAGCAGCAGAAGCUGUUUUAUACUUCAAUAACUCUGAUCUUGCAGAGAAACCUGUCGAAAACAGCAUGAUCGAGUUUGUUCGGUUAAAGUCAUGCAGGAGACAGUACCUGUCUAUUUACUUUGAUGCACCCAUUGAAAGUGUCAAUAACUGUUGUGAUGUGUGUAGCAAUGACAGAUCAAAUAUCCGUGGUUUUAAGGUUCCCUCACUGGAACAAAGACAUCAUGUGAGACUCUCUCUUCAAACAUAUGUAAAUGCUGACUCUUCAGGAGAGUUAGCAUUUCUUUUGUCUGAGGAAAAGCUUCAGACAAUUGUUCAUUGUUUUGAGUACAUCAGAGAUGAGACAUCUCUUUCAUCAUUGUUAAAUGCAAAUGUACCCGAGGCGGUUUCUAAUUCUCUUUUUUCUAUCUUAUCAUUGUUUCAAAAUUCUUAAACUUAUUCUGUUCGACAUUGAUGGAUUGAUAUAUUGUGACUUUUAAUACCAAUGUCAGUUCUACUUUUUUGUAAUUCCACGGACUUAAUAAUAAUUUCAGGUUUUGAUAAUACAUGUAUACUUACUUAAUAGUGCACUUGCAACAUCAGUCUCAUCAACUGAUUAGCAAAUUCCGGAAUUCAUGCAUUUUAAAAAGUUUCAAUAUGCGUAAAUUUUGCUUUCAUCACAAGUACUUGAUUGGUGUACAAUAAGCAGUGUGAAAGGUGCUAAAAUAUGAUUACUGCUAAAUAAAAUAUGAUUACAAUUU